AUGAAAAGAAAGGAAUCUUCCAACACCUCAACCAAACAACAGCAGAAAAAAUUAAAACGUUCAGACGACUUUCAAAAUGCUACCAAUCACGAAAUUGACCAUGAAAUUGCAACCAUUGAUUCCGAGAUUAAGAAUUUGAACCAAUUUAAAGAGGAAUUGUUGAUUAUCAAGAGAAUGAGACCUCAGACUAAUGUUUAUUAUUCUGCCGAAAUGAAGAAGAAUGCUUCCAUUGUUACCAAUUCAUCAGCAGCAGCUAUUUUCCAGUUGCAGAAAAUUGGAACUGAUCCAAUGAGUUUAGUUUUGGAGUUUGCAUUUAAACAUCAAGUAUUAGAAAUUGGUGAACUGAAAGAGUUGACUUUAUUAUGUAAGGCCUUUUGGGAGACAAUUUAUUUCGUACCGUUCACAAUCAGUCUUGGGAAGGAAGUUAAAAAGAUAGACACAAAGAAAAUGUCCAAAUUGACCAACCUGAAAGGUAUUGAAAUAGCUUGGUAUCCAUUGAAUAUCAAGUUGAUGGAACAUUUACUCAAAUUGAAUGGCAACCUAUUGGAUAACCUUGUCAUCAGAUACGAUUACUAUAAUGGUAAAGGUGUUGUGAUUCCAUCAACUUUUGCCAAUUCUUUCAAAUCAUUGAAAUAUGUCGAUUGUUUAGAUUCUAAAAAGAAAAAGUUUGACUUUUCACAAAUGACAUCGGUGGAUAAUUUUUGCCUUAUUCUUCAUUCCUCAUCGAGAGAUUAUCAUGAAAAGAUGAUUCCCUGUUUUCCUCCCAAUUUGAAAAAGUUUUGCAUUUUGAGAUCGAAUAUUGAUCAAUAUCUGAAAUUUCCAGAUAUUUUGAAAUAUGAACAUGUAACAAUUAUUGAACCACAGGAUGUACUGGCCACGAAUAGUAUUAGGAGAAAUCUAUUUGUGGACUUUUAUCUACCAGCAAGCUCAACAAAGACUUUAACCUUAAUUCGUUUAAGUGCCAAACAAAAGAAACCAGAUCCUCUCAUUCCACUUUUAGCUCAACAUGAAAUCAUUGCAAAGGAUGUUAAUGGAGUGUUUGUUGUGGCAGCAAGUGCCAAGUACAUGACCAAUAUCAUGUCUUUGGCAGAGGUAGCUCAUAAACAUUUGGAGGUGGCAUUUGAGGAAGAUUCGGCUGUUCCUAAUUAUCCCUCAAAUAGGUACAUUGAUGAGCACUUUAAGGUUUUUAAGAGUUUCUUCCCUGACUUGGUUUACUCCCAUGAUGGGCAACACGUUUCACCUCAUUAUUAAUUCAUUCGACAAUUUUCCCGCCAUAUAUAUUUAUAAACAACACAAUUCAC